UUUAUUUAUUUAUUUUUGUAACAAAAAAAUUUUCAAUGUUUCAUUUUAGAUUGUUCCAUAUAGUAUCGUUCAUUUUUAUUUGACAUUGUAUUUCCGAAAUUUAUCACGAAUAAAGGGGCAUUAUGAUAAGUUUAUGCAAGACAAAGCAUAGUGGUCAUUUCGGAACUACCAUACGACUUGUUUCAAAUAGUUCAUAUUCAUCAUCAAUCAGUAAAGAAAAAAUUGAUGUUAUUCGUAAACGUCUGUUGGAUGGCCCUAAUUUUGAAGAUUUUAUUCAGAAUGAACAUUAUACCAGAGAAGAUUGGAUUUCUUAUGAAGGAAAGCUACGUCUUAAAAAGAAUGAUGAAGAUCGUCUGAAACUUCCUCCUUGGCUUAAAACAACAAUUCCGAAAGGCAAAGAUUUUAGUAAAAUUAAAUCUCAAUUACGUGAUUUAAAACUAUCUACUGUAUGUGAAGAAGCUCGAUGUCCUAAUAUAGGAGAAUGUUGGGGAGGGGGUGAACAUGGUACGCAAACUGCUACAAUAAUGCUAAUGGGAGAUACUUGUACGCGUGGUUGUCGAUUUUGUUCAGUAAAAACUGCUCGAAUACCCCCGCCUUUAGAUCCCAAAGAACCAAUUAAUACUGCAGAGGCUAUUUCCACAUGGGGUUUAGAUUACAUUGUGCUUACUUCAGUCGAUAGAGAUGAUUUAAGUGAUGGUGGCAGUAACCACAUUGCUGAGACAGUAAGGGAAAUCAAAAAAAGAAAUAAGAAUAUAUUUGUAGAGUGCCUCGUUCCUGAUUUCAAAGGAAAUUUAGAUUGCGUUGAAAUCAUAGCUAAUUCCGGUCUUGAUGUUUAUGCUCACAAUAUUGAAACUGUUGAGAAACUCUCUCCUUUUGUACGCGAUAGACGAGCGGGUUACCAGCAAACAUUAACGGUGCUGCGUCAAGCUAAACAUUUUAAUCCAAAACUUGUAACUAAGAGCUCCAUUAUGUUAGGACUUGGUGAAACUGAUGAGGAAAUCGAAAAAACAAUGCGCGAUUUACGGGAAGCAGAUGUUGAUUGCUUAACAUUGGGACAAUAUAUGCAACCAACUAAAAAACACCUAAAAGUAAUAGAAUAUGUAACUCCCGAAAAAUUUAAACACUUUGAAAAACGUGGAAAUGAAUUGGGUUUUCUAUACACUGCUAGUGGUCCUUUAGUCCGAAGUUCAUAUAAAGCUGGAGAAUUUUUCGUCAGAAGCAUAAUUAAAAAUAGACACUCAUUAAAUCAAAAUUAUUGAAAAGGAAAUCUCAAAAUAUAUUUCAAUAAGUCAAUUUUAUUUUUAUAUUAAAUAAUUAUAAUAAUGUUUCAUGUAAAUAUAAUUGAUACUAUAAAUGUUCGAAAACAGUACUCUCAAUAAAUAAAUUAUUAAGAAUCGUGCUUCCAAAUAA